GAGGUGGGUUCGGUUGAGCUAGUUUGUUUGUGUGCGAGGCAGACGGGGGCCGAGAAGAGGGGGGGCCCCGAGUCGGAGCCGCCUCAGCUUUUCACAGUUCAGGGCAGCAGUUUGAAAUUGGAAACACUUGCUCCAGACUGACCUAGGACUUCAGAGAGAUCAAGCCUUCCCCUUUGAUUUUAAGCCUGUUUGAUUAGCAAAGAAGGAGUUGCUCACAGCUGUUGGACGAAGUUGUCAACCUGUUCCAGGCCAAAAGCUCCUAUACUCCCAAAGUCUGAUCGGUGGCUGGUAGUUUUUUUGCAUUGGCUGGAGCACAGGCUGCUCUUAGAAUCCAGGCCAUGACCAGCAGAGGAGCUGCCAGGCCGAAUGGUCAGUCGCAAGCCAGCAAGAUCUGUCAGUUCAAGCUAGUACUACUGGGCGAAUCGGCAGUAGGCAAGUCCAGCCUGGUGCUGCGUUUUGUCAAGGGACAGUUCCACGAAUACCAGGAGAGCACCAUAGGUGCUGCUUUCCUCACACAGUCUGUCUGCCUAGAUGACACAACGGUAAAGUUUGAGAUCUGGGACACAGCUGGUCAGGAAAGAUAUCACAGUUUGGCCCCUAUGUAUUACCGAGGGGCUCAAGCUGCCAUUGUGGUGUAUGACAUAACCAACCAGGAAACGUUUGCACGAGCGAAAACAUGGGUGAAAGAACUCCAGCGGCAAGCUAGCCCAAACAUUGUCAUAGCCUUAGCAGGAAAUAAGGCGGAUCUUGCCAAUAAGCGCAUGGUAGAGUAUGAAGAGGCCCAGGCUUAUGCAGAUGACAACAGUCUAUUGUUUAUGGAGACAUCAGCCAAGACAGCAAUGAAUGUUAACGAUCUCUUCCUGGCGAUAGCUAAGAAGCUGCCAAAGAGCGAGCCCCAGAGCACAGGGGGUGCCGUGGGUCGGAAUCGAGGGGUGGACCUUCACGAGCAGUCCCAGCAGAACAAGAGCCAGUGUUGCAGCAACUAAACGGUGGCGUUAAAGCAGCCGGCGAGAGAUAAGAUAUAACCUCCAUUUCCGCCCCACCACACCACACCUCACCUCCAGUAACAGCAUCGGCGCACUUGGAAGCCGCCCUCCCUCCCUUCUCCCGAGAGCUCCGUUUAACUGCACUUCUAAUGCUUCAGAAACCACCACCAGACGUCUGUUACCACCACCCCCCACAAGGAAAGUGGAGAUAGACCGACCGGGGACUUAACUUCCAAAAACAAACUCUUUCUUCACUUUGUAUUAUAGGUGCAAAUAGCUACCUAAUUACUCUGAUUCCCCUGCUCUGUUUUCUCCAGAUAACAUUUCCUCUCCUCUCUCUACCCAACCCCUCCCUCCCCACCGCUGUCUUUGCUCUGUGUUCUUGGUCCUGUAACAUCCACCCUCUCUUUACCUCCACCUCCCUUUAUUUUGUUUAAUGCUAUGUGGGGUGGGGUGGGGAGGGUCACAACCGAGGGAGAUCUUAAUUCUUGUAGAUUCAUUUUUAAGAGCGAGGUUGAAUGGGCUCCCUCAAGAAAAUGCAUUUUUGAGGGGGUCCUCCCAGAGUUGUUUUUUAAUUUCCUUUUUCCCCGGUUUUCAGAAAAGCUGCAGUGUCCUUCAUUUAUCUUUUUUCCCAAGGCAGCCUUUUGUGGCUGGGUCGGAGAGGAAGAUUGUAUCUGAACUUUCGCUCGUGUCUUGCUUGCUAUGACCUGAAUGUGGCCCUUGGUGUCAGUGACAUAAAUCUGAGAAUCAUGCAUGUACAAGUGUAGAAUAUCGGAAUUUGUUUCCUCAGACCCUCAGAUAGCCCUUGAUUUUGAUGCCUUAGAAGUUUUGGCGGCCGGGAUAGUGUAGCGGAGGGAGAGGAGUGGCAACGUUGACCUGCAGAAGACCAGUCAAAAAGGCGAUUGUAUCUCCUCCUGUUGUGUUCAUGUUCAGGUUGCUGUUUGCAGGUUGUGCUUCAGUUAUCAAGAGUCCCAUUAAGAGAGAUUCUCUGCUCUGCUCAAAAUGGGUGUGGCCUGCUGUCUGAAAGAAGAAUGUGCAAGGGAAGUCAAGCUCCCUUUGUUCAGCUGGGAUACAGUAGAGGAGCCUGCUGAAGUUUCCUUUUGAGAGCUUCGGCCUGCACCUGUAUGCACAGCCUUGCACGUUGCGCAGAACUUUUGUUCUAAAGUUGCCAAAAGGAGAAAGGCCAUUGGGUCCUUGGGAGAAGGCUGGGGCUGCGGGUGCAGGCAAGUCAGAAACAGGACAACAUGCUAGAUGGGAGGAGAGCUGCUAGUAGGAGGACCAGUACUGUACUUUCUAAACCCUUUUUCCUGCCAGGGAGUGCCCAGCUUGCCUUUUGGCUUUUUCCUAUACCCUUGCAGAACCCCCCUGUGUACAAACCCAGUCUUGCCCUAGGAAGCUGUCGAGAGGUGGCAGUCUAGAGCGGUAGAGCGCCCCCUUCUGUCUUCAACCCCUCUCAGAGCCCAAGGGCUGUUUAAACUUGAUAAGUGUUUGUGCCCUGUUUGUGUUCAGUUUUCUCUGUAAAUAGUACAGCACAAAUUUGUAUAAAUUAAAGGGGGGGCGGGUGGUUGCGGGAUUUUUACUUCCCUGCUAUUAGCUGAACAAAGUAAUAGCUUUUUAAAUUUAGCUGUAGAUAGUGCUGACCUGUAAAGGCAACGCAUGCUACCAUCUCUCACCCACAUUUUGCUCUCUGAAGAGCUAGCAGCAGCCCAGCAUCUCGGUUAGAAAUGGCUCUUCUUCUGACAGUGGCCUUCACCAGGGUAAAUAGCACCUUCCCGCCUCCAUCCCUCCUGGCAUUUUUUUCUUGAAGCCUCAAGCAUGAGUACAGCUUCUAAUAUGUUAAGAGUUCCACAGUGCUGUCCAUAUCUUGGUAGCGAAUCAGCUGGCUACCCACAGAAGCAUCUCUUGGGUGUACUCUGUUGGCUCCCCCAUGCAGACUUCUCACAUAUGGUUGAAUGUUACUGUGGGAGAGCUUGGAACGGAUUAUGUUUAAGCACACACACACACCUGCACACCCUUUCCCAUUAUUUCCCCCGGCAUGGUUUGAAGCACUCUCAUUUUCCACAUGCUUGCACCUGUGGCUUGAUACAGGUUUGCAUUUACUUGCCUCUUCCCAUUCACCAGUGCAACUUAAAUGGCUGAUGUUCACCCAAGCAAUAUGUGUGCAUUUAGGGCUUUGCUCUUAGCCAUAAGUUGAAACGGUUAAAUCCUGUACCGCUGACAGCAUGUGGCGUUAUUCUGCUGCCUUUGAAAUGGCCUUCUACCGGUGGCUGUAUUUGAGCUGGGAGCAACUAAGGAAGGAGCCGGACAAAUCUGUCUACACGAGGCUUUGAGCAAGAAAACUCAAAAUCUAAGUUAACUGGAAGUAGUGUGUGCUGUGACUUGGCCCAUCCAAUUAGCACGAGUGCAGAGUUGCUCCACGCCGCAAUUGUGCAUGGAAUUUCUGGUGUCAGUGUUGAUAAAGACUUUGGGAGUGCCGUAGCACUUCCCCAGUAUUUAUUUUGUGCUCUCAAACUUCACUUGUGUCUCAAGAGCGGAGCUGUGUGUGAGGGAGGACCCUGAAAUGGAGCCUUGCGCCUUCAGCUGCAUUCACUGUUAAAACCUACUUCACGGGGAGUUCCAUCUUUUUGUUAUGCACAUGUAAUGUGAUGUUCAUGGCCCUCCAGAAGGACCUAGGAGCAGGAACAAGCGUGCCCUAUCCCAUUCCAACAAAGCUAAGGUGCUGUUUUGCUCUCGGCUCAUGGCAAAGCAAAAAUAGAUUCUGCAUUUAAAUACCAAAAAAAAAAUCCCUAAUGCUUUCAUCUUGCUCACAAAUUUUGGUUACUGCUUCCUGGCUAGUUCCUAGACCAAGUAAGGACACUGCAGCUUUUUGCUAUUAAAAACCACACCCUUUCUCUUCUGCUUACUCUACUCUUCUGAACAGUUUGGUUUUUCUUUAUUUUUUUUCUUUUGAGAAAGCUCUUACAUUGCAUUUAAAAUAACAAUCAUGGUAACAGAAUUUCAACUGCUGAUUUACCAAUGUAUUUAAUGUAAGUAAACAAAAAAAAAUCAGUGUA